AAUAAGUGAACACAAAUGCAUAAAAGCAAUCAACGAUUUCAUCAUUUAAUUUAAUAGUAAUUAAAUAUAAGGCUGUGGCUAAUACUCUAAAAAAAUUAUCACUCUUUUAUCCUGUAUUUUUUAUGAGUAUUCUAAGAAAAAUAAGUUUAAUUUGUUGCUUCGCUCGUUAUUCUAGGAAAUCUUCUUAUUGCGAGUGCUUUAUCAGGCUUUAUUACUUAUUUGUUGCUGUUAAUUGAUGAUAUUGAAAAUGAACAACAUAGACUGCCAUGAAAGCCUGUGGACUCCAUGUGAGGACAUUCUUAGAAAUUUUUAUGAGAAAAACUAUGCCGUUGUAGUGCUUAAUUGUAGGAUCGACCUUAACGUCGAUCACAGAAAAUUAUUAAACUUAUGGACCAAAGCAAAACUAAGAAUCACGGUGGAUGGUGGGACAAGGAGGUGGUUAAAAUGGCUAGAGGCACAUGAAUAUGAAACUAACAAUACGGUAAAACCUCCAGAUUUGAUCACAGGUGAUAUGGAUUCACUACCCCCUCAUUUAUUGAGUUUUUUUGAGGAAAAAGGUUCAAAAGUGAUCAGAACGCCCGAUCAGAACCAGACAGACUUCACAAAAGCUCUAAGAGAGCUAAAGACUCACUGUGAGCAAAAUUUAAUUGAGGUAGAUACGGUAUUUGUACUUGCCGAUACCUCUGGUAGAUUUGACCAGAUUAUCGCCAACAUAAACACAUUAUACAAGGCGAGUGAAUUUUUGGGCGAUAAAAAAAUAUAUCAGAUAGCCUCAAACUCAAUCAGUUGGUUACUGCAAGCUGGGAAUCACAGAAUUAGUAUACCGGAAAAUUUGCGUAGAGACAAGGAAUGGUGCGCUUUGAUUCCAAUGGGAGCACCCUGUAUAGUUACUACAACAGGCUUAAAAUGGAAUUUAGAUAAGAGUACGCUUAAUUUUGGGGGUAUGGUCAGCACUUCCAACACGUACAGCGGAGAACCGUACGUCACUGUCAGCACUGACAGGCCUCUGUUAUGGUCGAUGGGCAUAGAGGCUAUUUUAUAGCAUAUACCGGUGAUUUAGUACAACCUUUAGCAAACAUAGUAUAAUAAAUAUUAGAUAGAAUUUAAAAAAUUUUGAAAAGCGCUAUAUGGUACACAAAAAAAAACGGUGUCAAGUUACCUUAGAACAUUUCUGCGGUUAGCAUGACGCCGUUUUUUUUCAAUCAUAGAGUAUACAGGGUGAUUUUCAUUGAUCCUGGAGUAUAUUCAGUAAAAUCAAAGAUAUCGCGUUUUUUUUUUCAGAACUAUGCCCAGAUACACAGAAAAUUUUAUACAGGUUGUCCCAAAUUUUAGAUGUUAGGUUAUCGACGUUUUUUUUUAAUAACACUGUGCUGUAUAUAAUUUUCUUACACAAAAAAAGCGCAAUUUCAAAUACUAAUCGACGUGUGCCAGGAUUUCUGAAAAAAAAAA